GUUUAGAACCUAUAGAGGAAGAUGAAGUUGAUGAAACAUAUGAGCUAGUAAAUAAAAAUGAACACUAUAUAAAUAUAUCAACAGAACAAGAUGAAGAAUUAAAUGAUAAAGCUGAUAAAGAACAGUAG